AGGCGCCGCCGCGCACCUCAGCGCGGGCAGCGAGGCUCCGCCGCGCCUCAGCCCUGAGCGGGCCGCGCCCGGGGCCGGCGGGAUCCUUCUCCCUCUGACACCUCCGGGCGUUGGCAACCGCCACGCCCGGCAACCGUGCGGCCGCGGCAUGAAGCAGGUAGAGGAGCGGGCGGGCAGCGCGGGGCGGCGGGCCGCGGCGGCGGCGCGGCCUCCCCGCCCCUCGGCGCUGACGGGAGCGCUGUGGGGGUCCCCGCCACAGGCGCUGGUGGACGACACCGAGGAUGUGUCUCUGGAUUUCGGCAGCGAGGAGGAGCUGGCGCUGCGGAAAGCCAAAAUCAGGCACCCACUGGCCACCUUUUUCCACCUGUUUUUCCGAGUGAGUGCUAUUAUUACCUACUUGUUCUGUGACUGGUUCAGCAACAGCUUUGUUGCCUGUUUUGUCACUAUUCUCCUUCUUCUAUCCUUUGACUUUUGGUCAGUUAAGAAUGUGACAGGAAGACUCUUGGUUGGUUUACGUUGGUGGAACCAGAUUGAUGAAGAUGGAAAAAGUCACUGGGUAUUUGAAGCAAAAAGGGUGCCUACAAUGGCUGCCUCCACUGAAGCUGAAGCUCGAAUCUUUUGGCUCGGUCUCAUUAUCUGCCCUGUCAUUUGGACAGUGUUUUUUUUCAGCACUUUGUUUUCCCUGAAGCUGAAAUGGCUGGCUCUUGUCAUAGCUGGUAUCUCCCUUCAGACUGCUAAUUUAUAUGGAUACAUCUACUGCAAAUUAGGGGGACAAAAAAGCAUCAGCAAAAUAACUUCAAGGUUUUUUGUCACAGCAGAUGUUGCCAAGAGACAGAGCAGGGGGAUUUCAGAAGACCACACUGAAAAACAUGGGAAGACGUGGACCAGAUAAUCAUUUAAGGAAAAGGAUGAGCAGUAGGAAUACUCAUUUAUUAAAGCUGUCUUUCAUAUGAAAUUGAAGUAAAGCUCUUCUAGAAUUGACUGCAUAAAAUAAUGAUUUUCUAUCGUUUGUGUUUAAAAGUCUCCUAAACCUCUCAACCUACUUCAAAACAGCACUUUCCCCAAAAGGCAGUUUGCCUCUGGUAAUGCAGAACUUCAGAAAGCAGACACUAUCUUGAAAAAAACCUGUAAACUAACCUGAAAGCCCUGCAUUGUCCUGAGCAGGAGGAUGCAGCCAGAAGAUGAUCAUUUGUUUUAUUUUGAAACUAAAAUUAAUAAAGUGAAAGUACCUUUUCCUCCUGUACACAA